AUGGGUGGCAUAGGGAAGACAACUCUUGCAACUGUCUUGUAUGACAGGAUCUCACAUCAUUAUCAAUUUGGUGCUUGUUGUUUUUUCGAAAAUGUUAGCAAAAUUUAUAGAGAUGGUGGUGCCAUUGCUGUGCAGAGACAAAUUCUUCAUCAAACUCUGAAAGAACCAAAUCUGGAUGCAUACAGUCCUUCUGAAAUAUCUGGAAUUAUAAUAAAUAGAAUAAUCAUAACCACUAGAGACAUGCAUAUUCUUGAACUGUAUGGUGCGGAUAAAAUUUAUGAGGCUGAAUUGAUGAAUGAUAACGAUGCUCAUGAUCUUUUUCUUAGAAAAGCCUUCAAAAGUGAUAAUUCAAGAAGUACAAUUUUGCAGAGCUAA